UCAUUUGUAAAGAGACAUGUUGAGCAUACAAGUUUUGCAAGUCUGGAGUAGUAAGAGUAUUGAGUUGGAGAACCUCAAGUUGGCUACCCAAUUUGAAAUGGCAGUUGAAGAAGCACCUUUAUAUAGAAAUCUUUUAGCUUCUCAUUCAAGAAAAAAGAAAGGACAAAAGAAUAAGGAUUGUAAUAAGCAAAGGUUGAUGCCAAAUCAUUUCAUAUCUACUGCAAUACCAGAUAUCUACUAUGUUAUGAAACUAUAUAAAACUGCAGCUUGGAGAAGAAACACUCUAGUUGGGAAUGUCAUUCUUCCUAUGGAUGAUUUAAACAGCUUCAAGGACAAUGGACCAGUUUGGUGUAAUAUGAUACACUGGAACAGAAAAUUGAGUUCUGUUGAAACAACAGGUCGAGUUCUUCUUAGAAUAAUACUCAAUAUUUGCUGUUUGGAAAUGUGAAUCAGCCUUGUGUCAAGUCCAAUGAUCCUCAUACGGAAUUGAAUCAUAAG